AUGGACUCGAAAACAAGGCUUCGCAAAGCCUGCGAUGCCUGCAGUAUUAGAAAAGUAAAGUGUGAUACUGGUGGGCCGCCUUGUCGGUCAUGCGCUAGCUUGGAGAUCCCAUGCACCUAUGAAAGACCAAGUAGACGCCGCGGGCCGCCCAAUCGCCACGCAGAGGCUUUCAAGAAACAAAAGCGCGAACCUGAUGAUGCGUCACUGAGUCCAGCGGAUUAUCCCCUGGCAACGACCCCACAAGCAGCGCCCUUGGCGAACCAGUCAGCGUCGCUUCCCCUAUCGGCGGAAUCAAUAUGUUCUCUGCACACAGUGCAGCUGCUUCUAGAUGACUUUUUCACUUACAUUCAUCCCCUGGUCCCGAUUCCACAUGAGCCUUCUUUUCGAGCGGCUUUUGAGCGCCGCGAGGAUGUGACCAGUCACACCUUUUUGGCGCUUUUGGCUUCGAUGAUCGGUCUGUUAGUCGCUUCUUUCCCUCGAAGACCUAAACUUCGACUUAAUACCGAAGCUGAGCGCACUGCGUUUCCCAAUUCAAUUGCGUUGGUCAAACGAUGCCUCGAUGUUGCUAUUCAGGCCCGCGGCACGGGAUAUCUCGAUCGCAAUGCCACUGUCUACGAUGCAGCGAUUAGCUAUUUUAUUGCAGUCUGCACUGGCUAUAUUUACAAUAUGCGCCGGUGCCGUAUCUAUCUCUCGGAAUGCCGAGCCAUGCUCCAGGUGUAUGAUCUGUGUCGGUCUCCCACCAACCUUCCAUCAUCGACACUAGGGCCCAAUAGUCCAGUGUCGCCGGUCUCCACAAUGACGCAGGACAACCUAGCACAUAAUUUUAUGGAGAGCCAAGGUGUGGAUCUCAUCACCCAAGAGCUCGGUCGGCGUCUGUUCUAUGUUUCCCUGGUUGGGUAUCAGACAUUGCAUCAAAUGGGCUCCUCUGAUAUCAAAGUACAUGUUCCACCAGAGACCCCAACAGAUCGUUAUCCACCACUGCCACUGGAGAUUGACGAUGAGUUCUUGUUUUCAACGCACAUUGAACCACAGCCAUCCGAUCGUGUUUCACAGCUGGUCGGGUUCAACGCAAACGUGCGAGUCUAUAGCUCAUAUACCGCCCUUCUAUCCUGGGAAAUAGCAUUUGGAAGCGGCCAAAUAUUUGAUUGGGAGCACCAGCGCAAUAGCCUCUGGGACUGUCUCAAAAAGGCCAAGUCCGCACUACUCGAUGUCCCUGUUGAAUUGUCUCUCCAUCAUCCCAAGCAUACAUCCCCAGCCAGCUUGUCCGGUCUCGGCCAAGACGGCACAGUCUUCAGCUAUUCAGACGAUCAUAUUCAUCAAGAACGGCGCGCAAUUCAGUACGAGAUUCAAAAGGCCAACAUCUACGCUAGUCAACUAUGCACCCGGUCGUACCUAGUUGAGAAAUACUGGAGUCUCUUUGAGACUUUCUCAAAGUACGGAAAGUCCCCUAAGUUUGCAGCGCCGGAUAGCACGAUUCCUCACAUAAAACUCGAAACCAAAUCCGACGCAACCACCAUACCCACAACGAGGAGCACACCAGAAAGCACCACGCAAUCCCAGCACCACGCCGAAACAGACUAUAUUGGGCGCAUGAUGGCCGAAGAGCGCAAGCUCGUAAUAAAAGACCUCUUCGUUCUUCUCCGCACAGUGAACGAAGUAAACAUGGAGCCGAACGGCGCAAGCAUCACCAACAAAAUCCGCCAGGUGGCAUCAACACUCCUCAACUUAUCCAGGCCUAAACAGUCAACUGACAAACCUGUCGCGAACCCGGCAGCUACAGCACCGGGUCUGCACGUCCUCACGGCUUCGGAGGCGGAGUCUUACCUGCAUGCUUUUAUUGAGACACUUGUACGGCUGGAGUGUCAUUCUUCUAUUUCUGAUGCGGGGUCUGAAGGUGUUAGUCCGCAGAUGAAUGGGCGUGCGAUGAGCUAUCUUAGUGAUUAUGAGCGCGACCAAGAGGAGUUGAGCCAGUGGGCGAGUCUGAAGGAGUAUCAGCAGAAAUUUGCUGAAGCGGGUGGUGUUUUGUGUCAGCUUUAG